AGCUUAAGGAGUCCGAUCUGACUCACCGAGUCAAAAUUUCGCUACUCUUUGCCUUGAUGAGUUGGCGUGCUGGAGAUCGAUAGUUCAAAACUCGUCAAUGGCAUCAGUCAACAUAAUUGUCGGUUCUCAUGUUUGGGUGGAAGACCCUAAAUUGGCAUGGUCAGAUGGAGAAGUUAUCAGAAUACAUGGUCAAGAUGUUCAUGUUAAAACCUCAAAUGGGAAAGAAGUUGUUGCAAAUAUCACUAAAGUGUUCCCUAAAGAUACCGAGGCUCCUCCUGGAGGUGUAGAUGAUAUGACCAAGCUUUCCUAUUUGCAUGAACCUGGAGUUCUGCAAAACCUGGCUACUAGAUAUGAGCUCAAUGAAAUUUAUACGUACACUGGAAACAUAUUGAUUGCAGUAAACCCUUUCCAAAGAUUGCCUCAUCUGUAUGAUACUCACAUGAUGGAACAAUAUAAAGGAGCAGCAUUUGGGGAGCUGAGUCCGCAUGUUUUUGCAGUUGCAGAUGUUGCAUAUAGGGCAAUGAUCAACGAGGGAAAAAGCAAUUCAAUUUUGGUUAGCGGAGAAAGUGGUGCUGGCAAGACUGAAACUACAAAGAUGCUCAUGCGUUAUCUUGCAUAUCUUGGAGGUCGGUCAGGCGUCGAAGGUCGAACUGUAGAACAACAAGUUCUAGAAUCCAAUCCCGUUCUUGAAGCAUUUGGAAAUGCCAAAACUGUGAGAAACAACAACUCAAGUCGUUUUGGUAAAUUUGUCGAGAUACAAUUUGAUAAGAGUGGGAGAAUAUCUGGGGCAGCUAUACGAACUUACCUUCUGGAGAGAUCUCGUGUCUGCCAAAUCUCAAAUCCUGAGAGAAACUACCACUGUUUUUAUCUUCUUUGUGCUGCUCCAGCUGAGGAGAUAGAGAGAUAUAAACUAGGGAACCCAAAAUCAUUCCACUAUCUUAAUCAGUCCAAAUGUUAUGCAUUGGACGGAGUAAAUGAUGCUGAUGAAUAUCUUGCAACAAGAAGGGCUAUGGAUAUAGUGGGAAUCAGUGAGGAAGAGCAGGAUGCUAUUUUCAGGGUGGUUGCCGCAAUUCUUCACCUUGGUAAUGUCGAAUUUGGAAAAGGUGAGGAGAUCGACUCUUCUGUGAUUAAGGAUGAGCAGUCUCGGUUUCAUCUCAAUAUGACGGCAGAGUUGCUCAAGUGUGAUGCCAAGAGCUUGGAAGAUGCACUAAUUACACGUGUAAUGGUCACACCUGAGGAAGUUAUUACAAGGACUCUUGAUCCAGAAGCUGCUCUGAGUAGCAGGGAUGCUUUGGCUAAAACCGUGUAUUCUCGCCUUUUCGACUGGAUUGUGGAAAAGAUAAACGUCUCCAUCGGCCAGGAUCCAAACUCCAAGUCCAUAAUCGGAGUUCUUGAUAUUUAUGGGUUUGAGAGUUUUAAAACCAACAGUUUUGAGCAGUUCUGCAUCAAUUUUACAAAUGAAAAGUUGCAACAACAUUUUAACCAGCACGUGUUCAAGAUGGAACAAGAAGAAUAUGAAAAAGAAAAGAUUAACUGGAGCUACAUAGAGUUUGUUGACAACCAAGACGUGCUGGAUUUGAUCGAAAAGAAACCUGGAGGAAUUAUCGCUCUGUUAGAUGAAGCCUGUAUGUUUCCUAAAUCUACUCACGAAACAUUUGCUCAGAAGUUGUACCAGACAUUCACUAAAAACAAGCGUUUCAUCAAACCUAAACUUUCACGGACGAGUUUUACGAUAUCUCAUUAUGCUGGAGAGGUGACGUAUCAAGCAGAUCUGUUUCUGGAUAAGAAUAAAGAUUAUGUGGUUGCAGAACAUCAGGUUCUGUUAACGGCCUCAAAGUGUCCUUUUGUGGUGGGUUUGUUUCCUCCUCUACCUGAAGAAUCAUCAAAAUCGUCCAAAUUCUCCUCCAUUGGGUCACGUUUCAAGCUACAACUGCAAUCUUUAAUGGAAACAUUAAGUUCAACAGAGCCUCACUACAUCAGAUGUGUGAAGCCUAAUAAUGUCCUUAAGCCUUGUAUUUUCGAGAAUGUGAACGUGAUCCAGCAAUUGCGAUGUGGUGGUGUUUUAGAAGCUAUUAGAAUCAGCUGUGCUGGAUAUCCCACUAGACGUACAUUUUAUGAGUUUCUUCUUAGAUUUGGUGUUCUGGCUCCAGAAGUUUUAGCUGGAAGCUAUGAUGACAAGGUUGCAUGCCAGAUGAUUCUAGACAAAAUGGGGCUUAUGGGCUAUCAGAUAGGAAAGACAAAGGUCUUUUUGCGGGCUGGACAGAUGGCUGAGCUCGAUGCCAGAAGAGCUGAGGUACUUGGAAAUGCAGCAAAAAUUAUUCAAAGACAAAUCCGUACAUAUAUUACGCGAAAAGAUUUUGUUGUGUUGCGUCAUGCUGCUAUUCAGUUGCAAUCAUGUUGGCGAGCUAUGCUGUCCUGCAAACUGUAUGAACAACUGAGGCGUGAAGCAGCUGCUCUGAAGAUUCAGAAGAACUUCAGAUGUCAUGUUGCACACACAGCGUAUACAACACUGCGUUCUUCUGCAAUUACCUUGCAAACAGGCAUGAGAGCCAUGGUUUCUCGCAAUGAAUUUAGAUACCGGAAGCACACCAAAGCUGCAAUUAAAAUACAGGCGCAUUUGCGUUGCCAUGCCGCUUAUUCUUAUUACAGAAGUCUUCAGAGAGCUGCCAUCAUCACUCAGUGUGGUUGGAGGCGACGGGUUGCCAAGAAGGAGCUUCGAAAUCUCAAAAUGGCUGCAAGGGAAACAGGUGCUCUCAAAGAAGCCAAGGACAAGCUUGAGAAGAAAGUGGAAGAACUUACAUGGCGGUUGCAAUUUGAGAAACGACUCAGGACUGAGCUGGAGGAGUCUAAAGCCCAAGAAGUUGCAAAGCUACAGGAGGCACUGCAUGCAAUGCAAAAGCAGGUAGAAGAAGCAAAUGCUAAAGUAGUCCAAGAGCGGGAAGCAGCACGGAGGGCAAUUGAAGAAGCACCUCCAGUCAUCAAGGAGACUCCAGUUAUAGUUCAAGACACAGAAAAAAUAAAUGCCCUGUCAGCUGAAGUAGAGAAUUUGAAGGCUUUGCUGGCGUCAGAAAAGAAAGCUACAGAAGAGGCUAAAGAUUCUUCCAGGGAUGCAGAGGCCAGAAACGCAGAGCUGGCUAACAAACUAGAAGAUGCAGAGCGAAAAGUAGAUCAGCUUCAAGAUUCUGUGCAGAGGCUUGAAGAGAAGCUCUCCAAUAUGGAAUCAGAGAACCAAGUGCUUCGUCAACAAGCUUUGACCAUGUCACCAACUGGAAAAGCUUUAUCUGCACGGCCAAAGACUACUAUUAUACAGAGGACUCCGGAGAAUGGAAAUGCUAUAAACGGAGAAUCGAAGCCUAAUUCUGAUAUGAGUCUUGCUGUAGCAAGUCCAAAGGAGCCUGCAUCUGAGGAGAAACCACAGAAGUCUCUAAAUGAAAAGCAGCAGGAGAACCAAGACUUGCUGAUUAAGUGCAUUUCACAAGAUUUGGGCUUUUCUGGAGGCAAACCAAUUGCAGCUUGUCUCAUAUACAAAUGUCUGCUCCACUGGAGGUCCUUCGAAGUUGAAAGAACUAGUGUUUUUGACCGUAUAAUACAAACCAUUGCUUCAGCCAUAGAGGUCCCAGAUAAUAAUGAUGUAUUAGCGUACUGGUUAUGCAAUACGUCCACAUUAUUGAUGCUGCUUCAACAAACACUUAAAGCUAGCGGGGCUGCUAGUUUGACUCCGCAGAGGCGGAGAACCAGUUCAGCUUCUUUGUUUGGGAGGAUGUCCCAAGGCUUACGAGGUUCUCCCCAGAGUGCUGGACUUUCAGUUCUCAAUGGGCGUAUGCUUGGGAGAUUGGAUGACUUACGUCAUGUUGAGGCCAAAUAUCCUGCACUGCUGUUCAAGCAGCAGCUCACUGCCUUUUUGGAGAAAAUAUAUGGAAUGAUAAGAGACAAUCUGAAGAAAGAGAUCUCCCCAUUGCUUGGGCUAUGUAUUCAGGCACCGAGAACAUCUCGUGCAAGUUUAGUCAAAGGAAGAUCCCAAGCUAAUGCUGCUGCCCAGCAAGCUCUAUUUGCUCAUUGGCAAAGUAUUGUGAAAAGUUUGAACAACUACUUGAUGAUGAUGAAAGCAAACUAUGCUCCUCCUUUCUUAGUUCGGAAGGUUUUCACUCAAAUAUUCUCCUUUAUCAAUGUUCAACUUUUCAACAGUCUCCUUUUGCGGCGUGAGUGUUGCUCGUUCAGUAAUGGAGAGUUUGUGAAAGCUGGGUUAGCUGAAUUGGAACAGUGGUGCUGCUAUGCAACUGAAGAAUAUGUAGGCUCAGCAUGGGACGAGUUGAAGCACAUUAGACAAGCAGUUGGAUUCCUAGUUAUACAUCAAAAGCCCAAAAAGACAUUGCAUGAGAUCACUAAUGAACUUUGUCCAGUGCUUAGCAUACAGCAACUGUAUAGGAUCAGCACUAUGUACUGGGAUGACAAAUACGGAACCCACACUGUUUCUACAGAUGUUAUUUCAAGUAUGAGAGUUAUGAUGACAGAGGACUCCAAUAAUGCUGUUAGCAGUUCCUUUUUGUUGGAUGAUGACUCGAGCAUCCCGUUCUCCGUGGAUGACAUCUCCAAAUCAAUCCAACAAGUAGACAUUGCUGAUGUUGAACCUCCUCCAUUAAUCCGUGAGAAUUCAGCAUUUGUAUUUUUACAUCAACGCUCUAGUUGAUGGUGGUUUCCGAAUAUCACUCAACAUGGACUUUGAUGAAUGUUCGCGUAGCUCCAGAGAGCCGACUCUCCUGCUCAUCAUGGAACAUGCAGAAACUUGUGCAUAUAAUUACAUCACUUGUUGCAUUUAAUGGCUAGUGUAUAUUUUUCUCCACUUGUUUUUGGUCAACCGUCUCAGUUUGUUGUCCCGUUCAAUUUAUUCUUUUCUCCUCUCAUGCUUAACUUGAGAGGUAUUUUUAAUAGGCCAAAAGGCUUUUAGUGUGAUCAUAUGCAGGUAUAGGCAGAUGCAUUGGUUUUUUGUUGCUUGCCUUUUUUUGAGUUGUAAAGUCACUAAAGUUGUCAGUCAAUUUUAGGUUCUUAUUUGCUGUAGUGUUUAGCAAAGUGCAGUUUAAGGUUGUGUUGUAUAUGAAGUGUUAAAAUUGUCAACGCAAUUUGUGAUUCUUUUCUUCC